AGUUCUUGACAGCCCACGAGAGAAGGCAACGUGACUGUGUAGUCGGAGUUGUUGUGUCGCCGCGAUGGCAGUUAAAGAAGAAGGUCCUGUGUCUGCGCCUAAAAACCUGCUCUCGUUGAACCCAGAAGAGGAGUUUGAAUUUCAGCAGAAAGUUCGGGAUAUUAAGAGUCAGUCUAAAAAGCACGAAAAACUGACACCUGGAGUGAUUUGCUUGAGACACAUACCACAAGGCUUUUAUGAGAAAGAAAUCCGGGAAUAUUUCAGCCAGUUUGGAAAAGUUGUACGGCUUCGUUUGUCAAGAAGUAAAAAGACUGGACGCAGCAAAGGCUAUGCUUUUCUGGAGUUUGAAUGUGAUGAAGUGGCAAAGAUUGUGGCAAACACAAUGAACAAUUACCUUAUUGGUGAACGACUUUUGAAGUGCAAUGUCAUUCCACCCGAGAAAGUCCACCCGACCCUUUUUAAAGGAUGCAAUACAAUAUUUAAGAAGCCAUCACUUCCUGCUGUUUCACGCUAUAACAAAGUACGCACGGCUGAGCAGAAUUCAAAAAUGACAAAAAAGCUUCUCCAGAAGGAACAUCAGAAGAGGAAGAGACUGGCCGGGAAGGGGAUAGAUUAUGAUUUUCCAGGAUUUGCUGAACAAAUACCAGAAAAAAAGAAACCGGAGACUGAACAAAAUACAUCUGUAAAUAGUGAGGACACAACUCCUUUAUGCACGCCAUCUGUACUGGAACGCAGAAAAUCCAUGGUGAUUGAAAACAAUGACAGUGAUGAAGAUGAUGAGAUCAUCAUUAACUACCCGGUGAAGAAGAAGCUGAAAGGAGAAGCAAAAAAAGCCACAUAGACGUGGACUAUAAAUGAACUAUGGACGGUGUGUGCUGUGCACAUUGGGGCACAAAGUAGUUCACAUUUUCAAAAAAGAUCUUUAAAACUCUUUCCAGAAAAAAUUGAAAGUACUUCCAUUCAGUUUGGAAGUUUGGUUUAGGUACAGUAAAAGAGUAAAAAACAAUUUACUCCAUGGACCUUCAACCCCCCAAAGCCCAGUACACUGAGAAGUGCCAAAGAAAUCGGCGUUUGGACGUCCCGUUUAAGGAACUGUCGUGGAUUGAUGGUGGAACGCUUUCAGGUGACUAAAGAAAAACUGAAAAGAGGCCCGUGAAUCAUAAAUCACCUUAACAACGUGCCACUGCAAACGACGAGAAGAACUGAAACAAAUGGCAUCCCUGCCAUUUCAACAAAACCAAUGUAAAAAUAUAAAGAUUAAAACUUCUGAACGCUUCCUCUCAUCUGCCAUCCGCCCACCAUCUCAUUCUUACUUUUAAUUGAUCUCGUGGUUAUUUGGCGAUGUUAGUAAAUCUCUUUAUGUUUUAAAUA